AUGCCGGGCUUCAGCAGCACGAUCAUCUCAUGCACGUCGGAGGGGGAGAAGACGACGUUCGUGUGGCGAGUGGGACGAGUGAAUACAGUCAGUUUCGGUCAGUGUGUCACUUCUCCUAUCGUACGUGUGGGAGAGAAGAGCAACUGGAAGGCGAACUACUUCCCUAAGGGGUUCACUGACCCUGACUAUGCUUCUCUCUACGUUACGAACUUCGAUUGCGAGAACAAAGGCGUCGACAAGCAGGAGCCCACCAAAGUGACCGUCUCUGCCUUUGCUACUGUGAAUGUUGUUAUAAGACCGAAACCUCCUCCUCUGGGCUCCGCUCCAGCCAAGGAGAACAAACCCAAGCCGAAGCCGGAAGUUGCUGAGGACGACGAUGAUGAAGACGAUGCCGGAAGCGCCAAGACGGAGGUCUCUACCGUGAAGCCAACUUCAAAGAAGUCGAACAAGUCGGGGAAGGGAUCCCAAGCGAAGAGCACGAGCAAGAGGUCUGGAGCCUCGGGGUCUAAGUCUGGCGGAGGAGAAGGCGGUGGGGAGGCGGCAGCUGACAAGCCGCCCAGUGCAGAGCCCAUCAUGCAGGAGCUCUCUCAGAUGUACACUAACAUAGAUCACUCUUGGGGUUGGGAGAAGCUGCUCGAUAUGGGUCAGUUGUAUAGUUGGAAGUCCGGGCUCAUGUUGGGGUUCUACAAGCCUGAGAAGGAUGGAUCGGUUCCCGAGGAAGCAAGGACGAAAGUGCAGGAUGGUUAUAUCGACAUUGAAAUCACAAUCUUAGCGGUGAGCAAUAUCAGAACGAACAAGCCCAAGAAGGAGGGGCAUCUCACCCCCUUGGGAUACGAGAGGACGAUAUGGGUGGUGUACGAUUUGAAACGACUGUCUGAGUCGAUCGGGCCAGACAAGAAGUUGACGUCUUCAGAAUUCAAAAGUGAUGGAGAAUGGUACUUCACACUUUAUCCGAGCGGCUAUCAGAAAGGUGCAGACCCGGCCAAAGUGCAGAAAGCGGGGAAAUUUAUCUCCUUGUUCCUGCACUCUUCCAAGAAUCAGGUCGAGCUGGGUUACUACAUGAAGCAAUCAUUCCGUCUUGGUAUCAAGAAGUUCAACCCUGGAGAUACUGAUGUCAACCAUCCUGAUAAGAUCCCCUUCGAGCCCAUGUUCUUCCCCAGCCCCGACCUGAAGAUCAACAAGAAGCAAUUCGAGUGGAGCUCUCAGUGCUUGGCUCUCUUCACCCCGAAGCAAAGAUGCUUCGGCAAGCGCUUCUUCCUUCCUCUCGAGAUCUUUGAGUUCGGUAGAGACGAAUUCGACAACCUUCCCGAAGGCCCUGCUGGCGCUGCAGGUGGAGCCGAAGGCGGGGAGAAGGAUGAAGACGCCCCUGCGGAGGAAAUCUGGAAGCCAACGCCAGAGCUCAAGGCCAAGGAGUUCGUUGCUGGAGGCUGGAAGACCGGGGGUGCAGUAGCGUUCUGCUUGGAGAUGCUGGUCACGGACAUGGUCACCGGUACCGUCCAGCACAUGCUUCACCUCACUCCUAACAAGGAGAUCUUCCCCAAGGCCGAGCAUGGGCCUCAGUCGGUCGAGUGGAUCGAGCAGAAGGUGUGCAAGGAGACUAACGAGGAGUUUUCCGACGUCCCCUACUUCGGCAAGCCCAAAGUCAUCUGCUACGAGUGCGGGCACGCGUUCACUCAGGAAGUGACGUCGUACCAAGCGAGGUUGGAGGAGUAUGGGUACGAGAUUGGACGCGAGUACAUCCUUGACAUCCUCAUGAGGGAGGAGGAGCACUGGCUGGACGGCCUGCUCAAGAACCUCAACGUGGCUGAGAAGGUUGACAACGUUGUUCGGUCCCUCACGGCACAGGCAGCGAGGUUCAAGUCUCAGAUCAAGAAGAAGGAAAACGAGGAGGGGGAAGGAGAGGAGGUCGUGGUUGACCCGAAGAAGGAGAAGGAGAAGGAGAGGGCCAUGGCGAAGGAGAGGGAAAAAGAGGUCAAUCGGCAGCUGGCCUACGAGGACAAGAUCCGCCUGCUGAGAAAGGAGAUUGAGGACUCGCACUUCGGCAAACCGAUCUGCCUCAAGUGCUUCUCAGCAAGGCAGAAACUGACGCACCAUGAGACCAAGGUCGUGUUUGCGAAUGAACCGGCCAAGAUCGCAAAGAGGAAGGCCCACCUGGGCGCCAUGCCGAUUCAGAACUUGAAGGACCCGCUGCACGAUCUCGACCAACCGCUCGGGAGAUGGGAGUGCCCGGACCAGAACGCCAUCACGGGCUUCAAGGGAGUCCAUAGGAUCCCUCCCAAGAACCCUGAAGGCAAGUACCUCUACAAGGAGCACGGAGGCAUCAAUUCCAUCAACGCUCGCGUGCCCGUCGGUGCCAACUGCGCGUGGGACGUGGGCAUGCUCAAGUCCAACAACGUAGAGAUGCAUGACUUCUUCCGAUGGGGAGGAAACUUCCGGUACAAGUGGAAGGAGAUGCAGGCGAUCCUAGAGAGCAAGUUCCAAGAGAUGGACGGGCCCAAGGGGAUGUACAACGUGAAGCUCCUCGACGACCCCUGCCGGCUGCAUGCCGCGGACCCCUGGAUCUUCAACUGCCUCCCAAAGGCCGUGCAAAAGCCGAAGCCGGGUGAGAAGCAGUCGGACGAGUCGGGGAGGACGGCGAUCAGAGUCAGAGCUGCCCUGGAGGCGAGCACGGGCAGGAACUGCAUGACCCUCGUCAGAGGAGGCGUUUGGAUGGAGCCCAAGGAGCUGACGCGCCAGUGCCAUGGCAGAGUGAACAGGGACGGCAUCACCCCAGAGGAGGACGAGGAUCAGCCCCUCGACGGCUUCUGCGACGUCCGGUUCGACCUCAAGGAGAAGGCACCCGAGCAGUUCCACUGCCUGUGGAACGGCAAAGUCUACUGCAACAGCUGCACCUCGUACCGCUGCAUGAUCCCUGAGUUCACCGACCCGCCAGACAAGGAGGUCAAGGAGGGGUACCGAGUUUGCUUCGAGUCCAAGGACUACCGGGGCAAGCGACCGGCCGGGAGGAUACAGCCUGUCUCUAAGAAGCCCGAGGAGGAGGAGAAGCCAAUGAAGACGCCGCUGCCGGAGGAAGAUGAGGAUGACGACAAGCCAAACCCGAUGGUGGAGCUACUUCGAACCAUCCCACUAUGCGGCAAGAAGUUGUCCAAGAGUCUUGAUGAGUUCCUUGACUCGUUGGAAUGA